CGGAGAUGCUGACCCAGGAGGUGAGGCGAAGAAGCCCCACGGAGGCUCAAGGCAAACCGCUCCGCCCUGCGCCCCCGAUGAAACAUUCUUCUUGCUAAUCAGGAACAGUUCCCCUCCCUAAAGACGCUCUCGCACACAAAGAGGCAGCACGAAGGAGCAGCCGGUAGAAGUCCACAUCUGGAAGUGGAUCCGUGAAGCCCAGCGAGGUGCCGGAACGUGAAAGAGGAUGGAGGAAAUAAUGGAUAGUAGCCCACAGAUGAAAAACAUUGGCAGUGCCAGGCCGGUUCCGACCGGGAAAGGCCCCCAACCCCCAUGUGUUAAGCAGGAAACUGUGGAGGUGCUGUCCCACCACUGGGAAACACGGUGGCAAGAGGAGAUCACACAGUCCCCUGACAGAGGAUCGAGGAACCUUCAGACAUCUGAGAUCCCCGGGCCCUGGGAUGACGCCAAGGCUUUCCUGGCCUCCUUCGAACAACUGGCGGCGGCGUGCCGGUGGCCUCGGGACAAGUGGGUGGCCCUCCUCCUGCCAUCCCUCAGCGGAGAAGCCGAGCAGGCCUUCAGCGGCCUCAGUGUUCUUGACCGAGGAGACUACGGGAAGGUGAAGGCGGCCAUCUUGGAAGGGGAGGCCAUCUUGCGGGAGAGGCAGCGCCAGCACUUCCGGCAGUUCUGCUACCAGGCCACGGAGGGGCCAAGAGGCGUCCACGGCCGACUGCGGGAACUCUGCUGCCGGUGGCUGAGAGCCGAGAGGCACUCGAAGGAGGAGAUCCUGGAGUUGCUGAUCCUGGAGCAGUUCCUGACCGUCCUGCCCCAGGAAAUGCAGGGCUGGGUGAGGGAACGGGGCCCAGAGUCCUGCACCCAGGCCGUAUCUUUGGCGGAGGCAUUUUUGCUGAGGGAGCAAGAGCCUGGCAGAUGGAAAGCGGGGGAGGCCGCAAAUCCCUCUGAAGCAAGCCAGGCUCUGGCGGAAGCGUGGAACAGGCAGCUCCUCUUUCGGGAGGCCAAGCAAGAGGGGGAUGAAGUUGUGAGCACUUUAGGUGACGAGCCAAUUGGCAAAGAUGAAAGGGGUCAUCUUCAUCAGGAAGUGUCUGACCAAGCACCACCAAGGCUGGCAUCUCUGAGGAAAGUCAGGGUUGUCCAGCAUUGUGAGGAGAGACCACCGUUUGAGAAUCUGCAAGGACUAGACAGGGAACCGGAAAACGUCCCAGUGAAAAAUGUAACCGGAGCCCUUCCCUGUUUAGAAGGUGAUUUUAAUGGAGAGGGAACUGAAGUCCAGACUAGAAUCCUACACAAGGAGCGACAAGAAAGUCCAGCUGUUCUUCAGUCUCACACAAUCCCCACAGGAGAAAAACUGUAUAAGUGCACAGACUGUGGGAGAACUUUCCGUCACAGGUCAAACCUCACAGGACACAAGAAGAUCCACACGGGAGAGAAACCCUAUCAGUGCUCGGAAUGUGGGAAAAGCUUCAGCCGUACCUCCAACCUUUUGGCCCAUGAGCGAAUCCACUCGGGCGAGAAACCAUUUAAGUGCUCAGACUGUGGGAAAAGGUUCAGCCAGAGCUCAAGUCUCUUAGUGCACGAGCGAGUUCACACAGGAGAGAAACCGUUUAAGUGCUCCGAGUGCGGGAAAAGCUUCAGCCGCAGCUCGAUCUUCCGCGAACAUAAGAAAAUCCACACGGGAGAGAAGCCUUUCAAGUGUUCAGGCUGCGGGAAAAGCUUCAGCCGGAAGUGGUAUCUUCUGGCUCAUGAGAGAAUCCACACAGGAGAGAAGCCGUAUCAAUGCUCCGACUGCGGGAAAAGUUUUUACCACAGCUCGAGUCUCCUGUCGCAUGCCAAAUUCAGUUUGGAGAAGCUCUUGGGCGCCGCAUCUCAGUGA